AGGAAUAAAGCACAGUGCUUGGGGUGACCACAACAUCCCAGGCAUCAGCUGCCCUGUCCUGCAGGUGCUCAGCACACAUCAUCCUGCAGCUCAGCCCCUCACACACACCAAAGGAAAACAAGCAGGAACCCAGCAGCACCCAGCCACGAUGCCACAGAACGUUAUUCUUCCAGGACCGGCACCCUGGGGAUUCAGGCUCUCAGGAGGAAUAGAUUUUAACCAACCUUUGAUCAUAACCAGGAUUACACCUGGAAGCAAGGCUUCUACUGCCAACUUGUGCCCUGGUGAUGUUAUUGUGGCUAUCAAUGGCCUAAGCACAGAGAACAUGACACACAAUGAUGCGCAGGAAAGAAUCAAAGCAGCUGCACAUCAGCUUUCCUUGAGAAUAGAGAGGGCACAAACUAAAUUAUGGUCCCCACAAGUUUCAGAAGAUGGCAAAGCAAAUCCCUUCAAGAUAAACUUGGAAGCUGAACCACAGGAUAUGAACUACUUUGAACACAAGCACAAUAUUCGGCCCAAACCUUUCAUACUCCCAGGCCGAAGCAGUGGAUGCAGCACUCCUUCGGGGAUUGACUGUGGCAGUGGACGUAGUACCCCCUCUUCAAUUAGCACGGUUAGCUCCAUCUGUCCCACUGAGCUGAAAGCAGUGUCUAAGAUGGCCCCUAACGUUCCACUGGAAAUGGAGCUUCCUGGUGUCAAGAUUGUACAUGCUCAGUUUAACACACCCAUGCAGCUGUACUCAGAUGACAAUAUCAUGGAAACACUGCAAGGCCAAGUUUCUACAGCUCUGGGGGAAACACCCGUAAUGAGUGACCCAGCUCCCACGGCAGUGCCUCAGUCCGACGUGUACAGGAUGCUGCACUCCAACCAGGAGGAGCCCAGCCAACCCCGCCAGUCUGGCUCCUUUAAGGUGCUCCAGAAUUUAGUCUCCGAGGAAGAUGGACGUCCAGUAGGUACAAGAAGUGUGAAAGCACCUGUAACAAAGAUACCUACUGGCCUGCCCGGAGCCCAGAAAGUACCACAGUGUGACAAAUGUGGGAGUGGAAUACUAGGGACAGUGGUGAAGGCGCGUGAUAAAUACAGACACCCAGAAUGUUUUGUGUGUUCUGACUGCAAUCUCAACCUGAAACAGAAAGGCUACUUCUUUGUGGAGGGCCAGCUAUACUGUGAAGCUCAUGCACGAGCUCGCAUGAGGCCACCAGAGGGAUACGAAGCAGUUACUGUUUACCCAAAAUGCUAGUCUUACAUUAGCACACAAAUACAUGCAUGCACACAAGAAGCCAUUAACAGCUUAGAACUGCAGUACAACUGUCAGGACUUCUAUCUGAAUUAAAAGUAGCAGCUUUUAAACCUUCUCUUGUGGUUUUCCAAGUGAGGUGGAAGUCCCUAUUAAUCAGCAGUAAUGUACUAAGUAUGAAGUAAGACAGCUGUAAAGGAAUUUAAAAGAAACAAAACAAACAAAAAAAAAAAGCAAUUGAAAUAUCAGGGGUAUUACACAGUUACUGAAGUGUAUGCGCCCAAGUGCUGUAAUUAAGACAUUAUUUGUAACACAUGUUAAGUAUCUGAUAUCUGUACAAAUAGCAGACCAAUCAAAAGCCUCAUUGUGCUACAGGCUGGGCCCUACCAAAGGAACAAACCUGACCAGCUGUUAGAAAAGAAGCUAUUUUACAUGGAUAGUACAAAACAAUAGGAUGUUCGUGCCUGUUUCAACCAUCUAUUAUUCAGGUAUCGCUAAUGUGUGCCAAAAAUAGAUUCUGCUUACUUUGCUUUCAAUUUGUGGUUAUAUUUUCUUAAUUUUCUGUGCUAAGAAACAAAUGCCAUUUCAUACAAUAAAAUGGCUAGUAUCAUACUGAUCAUUAGUAAGAAGCAAAAUAAUUCUUUGCUGUUUAAUGAUUUGCAAUGAAAUCAGCUUUCAACUUUCACAUCAUUUAGCAGAAAAUUAUUUUGAGGCAGGCACACCGAUACAUUGGCUUUUGGGAAAAAGAAUUUCUUCUAUUAGGAACUCACUGCAAAUUAAGAAUGAAAAUAAAUUUAAAAGUCUUUCUACAGAAAAUGUUUUUCAUCAACUUUGUUUGUUCUUAGUCUAGAUUAUUCAAUUUCCUUAAUAGGAACAAUGGGGAAAAUAUCACCGUAGUAUCUUAAUUGCUGGUAAUUAAAACUUGGACAACUUUAAAAAUGACUGAUAAUUAAUAUAUGCAAAAGCAGGAUAUUUUAUUAAAAGCGUGGUGAACUCACAAGAACACAGUUUUUAAAUCCAUUUCUGAAUGUUUCUUAAGGGCUCCAUUGCUUUCAGGUAGCUAUGCCAGCUGCAUACACACACGCACGUGACAAACUUCACCUCAGCACCUUCCAGAAAUCCUUAACACAAUACUUAAAGUCAUAGCAGAAAUGAACAGCUCAGUGACAAAGAAUCUUACUUUCCUCACUCUAAAAUAUAAAAAACUUAAAAAGAAGAAUAAGGAAUCAAAAUAAGAAGCUGCAUAUAGUUACUACAGUUACUUUAAAACCUCAGAUGAGUCCCAAAGCCUGCAAUGCAAUGUUUGCAUAUUCAAAGACUUUAAAAGCAGUUUUGGUAUUAUUUCAGAAUUAAAAUCUUUUUUAAAUGUGUCACUGUAUUCAGAAUUUAAAUCUCCGUAUCAAAACCAUAUAGAGACACAUCCCCUUAAAGUUUAGCUAGUGGAUUAUUUUCUGGCACAAAACAUAAUUCUGUUCCUUAUGUAUCAUGAAGGCUAUAUGUAGUAUUUAUAUUUUUCCACUGAUAAAGACUAUAAAGUAGACCUGAAAAUCAUUUCGAAAGUGAGAGCGCACGUGUCUAUUUUUACAGACCUUCAAUGUGUCAUUGGUGUUUUUAAAUAAUUGCUUAUGUUCAUUUAUUUGUGGAGCAAUUGAAGGUAAAAAUAAAUGUACUAUAUAUGAUCAGGA